CUUAAGGAACAAUGGAGAUUAAUCCGAGUGAAUCUGUGUUAUAUUUGAUGUUACUUUACCACAGUUGAACGAGGCGGCGGGAAUAACAACACGAUGUACACUCCUGUGUCAGACCGGGGAGGAGGCACUGCCAAUGCGUCAUAUUCCUCAGCCAGUGCAAGAGCAGCAGCAGCAGCCGCAGCACGGAGAAGAAGUACAGGACUGUUUAGUGGAACUGCCCAACGAUCACCUUAUACACCUGGUCGAUCAACACCACUGAACCGUUCCCUACAGACCUCACAGUUGUUGGAAGGAAGUGGUCAAUACUCUCUGGAGAGCUAUGGAGCAUCCUUGCCUGCUCUGGUCAUGGAAGCUCUCACAUUUGUUGAUCGUAAUGUGGAGAUGUCAGCAGUUUUGUCACAGUGUGGGUGGGCAUGGUUGGUGUGUGGCCGUCGCCUGUUAGUGUGGCGCUACAGAUUGGACGAUUCUCGACGCCUUGUCAACCACCAGUUCCGGGAGCUUACAUUACCACCAUCAGACCUCGCUCAUCGUGCUCAGCUUGUGGUUGUUUAUUCAGCUAAUGAAGGACAGGUACCAUCCUGUAUAGCUGCAUCUCCUGAGGGUUUUGUGCGAUAUUGGCCAAGUAUUGCUCAUGAAGGCUCCUACUUCGAAGUUAGCACAGAGCUCCAGGGUCAAGAGUGUGACAGUCUGGUAUUCCUUGGACCCGCUCUGGGCUGCCUUCUCGCAACAACCACAUCAACUACACUACUUAUCCAACCAGGUGGAGGUUCAGGUGGGAAUCAGACUAUCAAUGUACGACAGCUAAAGGUUCCAGCAGGUCUACUGGGGGGCAUCUCUCGCAGGGUGUCAUCGUUAGUGUUUGGGUCCAUGCCCAUCCAGGCUCCAGAGGCUCGGUUAGUGAGAGCAGUGGGAGUCCCUGGGGCAGAGAAUGACGAACGUGCAGUGCUGGUGCUCUCGGCUCACUCUCUGCAGAAGUGGUAUCUCAUACCUGGUGAACCUGACAAGCUGGUGUACGAGUGCAAUGUGGAGAAGUACAUACGAGAAGGCUUUGUUGACCAUGUGUGGGGUCGUGAGCGUGCAGGUGCGACACAGCUGCGGGUGUGGCUGGUGGAUAUGCAGCCCUCCUCUGGUGCUACAUCUGUUAUGGUCCUCACUGCUGCAGUCAACCCUCAAGUGUCACAGCAGCUGGUGUAUGCUCUUGCAACAAUGGAGACAGGGGGCAGUGCUCCUCCGUUGGCGGUGAGCAACUUCUCCGUGCUGAAACACUCCGAGUACUACCAGGAGUCUGCAGAGAACGUUUUACUGGCUCAGCGGUUCUUAUUGUGCACCAGUACGGCGUACAUCUACAACAAAAACACUGUUCUCUGUGUCUCAGCGGUAGGUGAGGGUGACAGUGGUGACCGCGUGGAGUUCUCUGGGGCAGGAGACAGCAUCCUCGGUGUGGGUCGCUCACAAGGCCUCCCUCUGUUUUUCUCUGCAAAUCAUGGCAUUGUGUCCAUAACUUCUAACCAGCAUCUUAACCAGUCAAGUGUGUUGAUGAAUGAGAGCAUGGCAGAGGACACGUCCAGGUUGUGUGAGGCCCUAAACAUCAGCAGUGUGGGCCUGGAGUCCAUCACCUCCAGCCAUGAUUACACCACCAGACUCCAGGCAGCCUUCCUACACUUCAACAAAAGCAACAUCCCACAAGCUCAGGCCCUUCUGGAUGAACUGUUUCCCGGGUCAGACAACACGAACCUCGACGGCACAGUGAUCCAGCUCUCGUCCAACCUGCUCAAUGACUCCCCAGCCACUGAUCCCAGGUGGGCCGAGAGUAACCAGGCUGGAGGGACGGGUGCGCCCAUGUCUCUCCUCAUACAGAACCAACUGAGGGACAAGACCACAGCCCAUCAGUAUUACAUAAAUUUUUUGCACCAGACAGGACUGUGGCAGCGCUUGAGUGUGGGAGUAGUAGACGAAACACGUGUCUUGACGCGCAUUGUACUGGCCGAACAUGGAGAGAGACUCGCCUUUGCUACAGCGUUACGUUCUAAACACAACGACCACCAACACCUCAUUGAUGCUGCUAUAAAACACGUUCUUACUGACCGUUACGAGUCCCCUAAGGGCAAGCUGACUCACGCUGACUUGUUUUAUCGUCGUGUGAGCCAGGUUGAGGACAUCAUCUGGGGUUUACUUCGAGCACAAGAGGAAGUGUUGGCAGCUGAUGUCGCCCCUCGAGAUCCUCCAGCUACAAUACACUCUGUCAACACACUUGUCCUCGCCUUGCUGCAAAGUGCUAGAUUUGUCUCUAGCAGCAUUUCCGGCAUUACGGGAGCCACCAAUGACCCACCUUUGGAACACAUCCCGUGGACAGCCUCUCAGGGGUCUCGUGGUGUACGGACGCUGCUACUGGAGCAACAUGGCACUACAGUUAAGAUUGGACUUGUGCGUGCAGAGGACGGUGCUACCAGGACUAAGCUUUAUACGCAGAUGGUUGAACUUGCUGAUGUUAUUCUUACUGGAUAUCAACCCCAGCUGCGGUCUCUGUCGGCUGUCAGUCUGGACUCGCACCAAGCCCUUACGAGUGCCUACGAGAGGGACCGCUACAAUCUUAUUCAACCGCUUGUACAAGGUGAACAGUAUGAUCAAGCGGUGGGCCUUGCUGAGAAAUACUGCGACUUCCGAACAUUGGUGGAAGUAUGUGACCGCACCAACAACCAGGAAAGACUCAGCCAGUACAUGACCCAGUUUGGAUCAGAUGGAUUCUCAGACUUUGUGUUCCGGUGGUACCUGGAGACCGGUAAACGAGGUCGUCUGCUGAGUCACGGUACUCAAGGAGAUCUGUCACGGUUCUUACAAGACUACACCUCUCUGGCCUGGCUCCACCAUAUUCAAACAAGGGAAUUCUCUGCUGCACAUUCAACACUACGUCAGCUGGCUCUUGAGGAGACGGCAUACCUCAGUAGGAAGAAGACUUUGUUAAGCUUAAGCAAGCUGUGUCGUCUUGCAUCCAGCAGUCCUGGGGCAACUGAGACAAGUGUGGAGGAUGAUGACACCAUGAACUUGGAAGAAGAACUCAUCCUUUACCAAGAACAGCUUCCAGAACCUGUCUUCAUUGCUAACUCCCUUGACCCAGACGCUAUGAGGGUCAUCCCUCCCGCUGAACUUGUUGAGUUGUACACAAGUGAAGACAAUGUUUAUGCCAAUGAAUAUGACUUCAAGAAGGCUUUGGAUCUGUUGGCAUUUGUACCCGUGGAGAAAGUCGGUGAGCUGAAGCAAGAGAUUUGGGUGCGAGCCGUGUUACGCAACUCCUGGCAACACAUGGAUACAGACAACCCCCUGGAGGCUAUCAGUGACACACUCCUGUUUAAAACCAUUGAAUUAGCAUUCAAUCAAGGGAGUGAAGUCCAUGAGCUGCUGGUGCCUUCAAAGGAACUACUGGAGUGCGACAAACUUGGUGAUCUCAAAACAGAUACCACUUUCAAAUUCCUAGUUAAUGCUGGCUAUGAAAAGAUAUCUCAACUUAUUAGCUAAACAAUGGACAUAAUUAUUCCUUAGUAUAAAAUGGGGGGGAGGGGAUUUGAAUUGGUGCUGAAGCCUUGUAUGAAAAUCUGAACUGGAGGAACUUUGAUGGUAGAUACAGUACAGAGUAUGUUUUUAAGGUAAAUUGUGAGUGUGGUUUGUAAAAAUUAGAUAUGUAUUACAGAAUCUGAAGCAUUAAAAAGAAAGUUUAUGGAAAAACAAAGUUAUGAUUUCACAAGCUACUUUUAAUUGCUUUAGUCACUCCGUGCUUUUUCUCAUGUGUGUAAUGAAAAUACUUCCUUACAUGUGACUACAGUAGGAUUUUGUACCUGAAACUUAAAAGGCAUUUCACUGCCAUUUGUAAGAACAUUAAUUUUUAUUCCCAUGAUUAUAAAUAUAAAUGUUUA